ACCAGCACCUGUAGUGUUCAGAAGGGACGAGCGGCUCUCAUCCCUCCUCUGAUUGGACAGCAGGGAGUCAGAGUCUCUGGACGUCAUGGUAACAGCAUCCCGCCGGUCAUGGAUGUGAGUGAUGAGUUUGACAGCGAUAUGGAGCCCAGGGAUGACCUCGCGUCGUUUGAGAUGGUCAAUCCGUCGAGCUCGGGCCUGCUGGAUCCCAGUGCAGACGUCCACGGACACAUCCAGGAGUCAAAAGACAAGGCCAAACUCAAAACCAAACUCCUUUCAGUGUGGAAUAAUGUCAAAUAUGGAGGCUGGUCUCUGAAGGGCAAGCCUCGUCUCAGUAAGAGCAGUCCCGUGUGUCUGCUGGGACAGUCCUAUCGGCUGAGCUACACCGGAGAGCGGGAGAGUUUUCGGCGGGCGUUCUACUCUCUGCUGUGGAUGACGUACAGGAGAGGCUUCCCUCCGCUAUACGGCUCUGCCCUCACGUCUGACGCGGGAUGGGGCUUCAUGCUCCGCAGCGCAGAGAUGCUGUUAGCUCACGGACUAAUGCUGCACAUAAUGCCCGCGGGUACAAACACACCGCAGGAUCACAAUCCUUAACAUUCAGACAUUUAUAACAUGCAAGACAUUCUGAAAGUUAAAAAAGUUCAUGGUUUAGGAUGCGAUUAAUUAAUAUUGGUCUGACUAGAUAUUGAAAAUUGAAAAUGUGUGACUAUGACUGUCGAACUGUGAGGAAGAUGCCGUUUAACCGCAUGGACCCCAGCUGUACGGUGGGUUUCUACGCCUCCAGCAGGGAGAUUUCCAGACUCUGUGCUCAGACGUCACUAAGGUUAGGUGCUUAUCAGCCUUUCAUAUUAUACGUCCGAACUCCUGUGAUAUCAGUAUCUGUGUUUUUGAUUUGAUGGACAGGCUCUGACAUCAUCAGAGGAAAAGUACCCCGUCUUCACAUUUGUGGAGGGUCAUAAUAACACAGAGAGAAGCUGUACGUUAGACUCAGUCACUCAUAUAGAGGCCAAAGACCAGGGGCUGAUCUACUGGGGUGGCAUAGUGGCAAAUGCCACCCUAAAAGAAAGCCUUGCCACCCCUGCUGCCACUCUGUUGGCAGCAACGAAUGAAAGGUUAUGGCCAAUUUAAAAAAUUGAACUGAUUCAAAUGAUUUGCGAUCCCCAAACUGACUCAAAUGAUUCGAGAACCCGCUUUGA